UUCUUUCUCAACUCUCUCUAAGCUUUCAUCCAGAAACUGUCCAACAAUGGCUUCCUCUACCCAAAAACCCUCUUCUUCUACCUCAGUCCGUAAAUAUGAGUUCGAAGUGUUCUUGAGUUUUAGAGGUGAAGACACCCGCAACAAUUUUACGGAUCAUUUAUUCGUAAAUUUGCAUGGGAUGGGGAUUAAGACUUUCAGAGACGAUCAACUUGAAAGAGGAGAGGAGAUCAAAUCAGAACUUUUGAAAACUAUUGAAGAAUCAAGAAUUUCCAUAGUGGUGUUCUCAAAAAACUAUGCUCAUUCCAAGUGGUGUUUGGAUGAGUUAGCGAAGAUCAUGGAGUGCAGGGAAGAAAUGGAACAAAUAGUCUUUCCGGUGUUCUACCACUUGGAUCCUUGUGAUGUGCGAAAGCAAACAGGGAGCUUCGGAGAGGCAUUUUCCAUUCAUGAAAGAAAUGUAGAUGCGAAAAAGGUGCAAAGGUGGAGGGAUUCCUUGACUGAAGCAAGCAAUCUAAGUGGUUUCCAUGUGAAUGAUGGGUAUGAGUCAAAGCAUAUUAAGGAAAUUAUUAACCAGAUUUUUAGAAGAUCAAUGAAUUCUAAGCUUUUGCACAUUAACGAUGAUAUAGUUGGGAUGGAUUUUCGCUUAAAAGAACUAAAAUCAUUGUUAAGUAGUGACUUGAAUGACAUUCGUAUGGUUGGGAUCUAUGGACCUGGUGGAAUUGGUAAAACUACCAUUGCCAAGAUUGUUUAUAAUGAGAUCCAAUAUCAAUUCACUGGUGCAAGCUUUCUUCAAGAUGUCAGAGAGACAUUCAACAAGGGUUAUCAACUUCAACUACAACAACAACUUCUACAUGAUACAGUGGGGAAUGAUGUAGAGUUUAGCAAUAUCAAUAAAGGCGUCAAUAUAAUCAAGUCCAGACUUCGCUCAAAAAAGGUUCUUAUUGUAAUUGAUGAUGUGGAUCGGUUGCAGCAAUUAGAGUCAGUGGCUGGAAGUCCUAAAUGGUUUGGUCCAGGAAGUACAAUUAUCAUUACAACCAGAGACCAACAUCUGUUGGUUGAGUAUGGAGUGACUAUAUCACAUAAGGCUACAGCAUUACAUUAUGAGGAAGCUCUUCAACUCUUCAGCCAACAUGCCUUUAAACAAAAUGUUCCUAAGGAAGAUUAUGUAGACCUCUCAAAUUGCAUGGUUCAAUAUGCUCAAGGUCUCCCUUUGGCCCUUAAAGUUGUAGGUUCUUCUCUUCAAGGCAUGACAAUAGAUGAAUGGAAAAGCGCAUCGGAUAAAUUGAAAAAAAACCCUAUGAAGGAAAUUAAUGAUGUGCUUAGAAUAAGUUUUGAUGGGCUUGAUCCUUCUCAAAAGGAGGUUUUCUUGGACAUUGCGUGUUUUUUCAAAGGUGAAUGCAAAGAUUUUGUGUCAAGAAUAUUAGAUGGUUGCAAUUUAUUUGCAACAUGCAACAUAAGAGUUCUCCAUGAUAGAUGUCUAGUAACUAUCUCAGACAACAUGAUACAAAUGCAUGACUUGAUACACGAAAUGGGUUGGGCAAUUGUUCGUGAAGAAUGUCCUGGAGACCCCUGCAAAUGGAGUAGAUUGUGGGAUGUAGAUGAUAUUUAUGAUGCAUUUUCUAGACAAGAGGAGAUGCAAAAUAUUCAAACCAUAUCUUUGGACUUGUCUAGAUCAAGAGAAAUACAGUUCAAUACAAAAGUGUUUUCCAAGAUGAAGAAACUUAGGUUGCUUAAAAUCUAUUGCAAUGAUCAUGAUGGUUUGACGAGAGAGAAGUAUAAAGUGCUUCUUCCUAAAGACUUUCAAUUUCCUCAUGAUUUGAGAUAUCUUCAUUGGCAAAGAUGCACUUUGACAUCUUUACCUUGGAACUUUUAUGGAAAGCACCUUAUUGAAAUCAACUUGAAGUCUAGCAACAUAAAACAACUUUGGAAAGGGAAUAAGUGUCUUGAAGAAUUAAAGGGCAUUGAUCUAAGUAACUCAAAACAGUUGGUCAAAAUGCCAAAAUUCUCAAGCAUGCCGAAUUUGGAGAGACUGAAUCUUGAAGGUUGUACAAGCUUGUGUGAACUUCAUUCAUCUAUUGGCGAUCUCAAAAGUUUGACUUACUUGAAUUUAGCAGGAUGUGAACAACUCCGAAGUUUCCCAUCCAGCAUGAAGUUUGAAUCUCUUGAAGUUCUUUAUCUUAAUUGUUGUCCAAACUUGAAGAAGUUUCCUGAGAUCCAUGGGAAUAUGGAAUGUUUGAAGGAGCUUUAUUUAAACGAGAGUGGGAUCCAAGAACUACCAAGUAGCAUUGUGUAUUUAGCAUCUCUUGAAGUCCUUAAUCUCUCAAAUUGUUCAAACUUCGAGAAAUUUCCUAAGAUCCAUGGGAAUAUGAAAUUUUUGAGGGAGCUUUAUUUAGAAGGAUGUCCAAAGUUUGAGAAUUUUCCGGAUACAUUUACCUAUAUGGGACAUUUAAGGAGGCUUCAUUUACGUAAGAGUGGUAUUAAAGAACUCCCAAGCAGCAUUGGGUAUUUGGAAUCUCUUGAAAUUCUUGACAUCUCAUGUUGCUCAAAAUUUGAGAAAUUCCCAGAGAUCCAAGGGAAUAUGAAAUGCUUGAAGAACCUUUAUUUAAGGAAGACUGCUAUUCAGGAACUCCCAAACAGCAUUGGGUCCUUGACAUCUCUUGAAAUUCUUUCUCUUGAAAAAUGUUUGAAGUUUGAGAAAUUUUCAGAUGUAUUUACCAAUAUGGGACGUUUAAGGGAGCUAUGUCUACAUAGGAGUGGUAUUAAGGAACUCCCAGGGAGCAUUGGGUAUUUGGAAUCUCUUGAAAAUCUUAACCUCUCAUAUUGCUCAAACUUUGAGAAAUUUCCAGAGAUCCAAGGGAAUAUGAAAUGCUUGAAGGAGCUUUCUUUAGAGAAUACCGCUAUUAAGGAACUCCCAAAUAGCAUUGGGCGCUUGCAGGCCCUUGAAAGUCUUACUCUCAGUGGUUGCUCAAAUCUUGAGAGGUUUCCUGAGAUCCAAAAAAAUAUGGGGAAUCUAUGGGCUCUUUUUCUAGAUGAGACUGCUAUUGAAGGAUUACCCUACUCAGUAGGUCAUCUCACCAGACUUGAUCACUUAAAUUUGGACAAUUGUAAAAACUUGAAAAGUCUUCCAAACAGUAUAUGUGAGUUGAAAUCCCUCGAAGGCCUCUCUCUCAAUGGUUGUUCAAAUCUAGAGGCUUUUUCAGAGAUCACGGAGGAUAUGGAACAAUUAGAACGCCUUUUUUUACGUGAGACGGGUAUCUCAGAGCUGCCAUCAUCAAUUGAACAUCUGAGAGGUCUUAAAUCCUUGGAAUUGAUCAAUUGUGAGAACCUUGUGGCUCUUCCCAAUAGCAUCGGUAAUUUGACAUGUCUCACUAGUCUUCAUGUUCGUAACUGUCCAAAGCUCCACAACUUGCCUGACAAUUUGAGAAGCCUACAAUGUUGCUUAACAAUGCUAGAUCUAGGUGGUUGCAAUCUGAUGGAAGAAGAAAUCCCCAGUGAUUUAUGGUGCCUAUCCUUACUGGUAUUUUUAAACAUAAGUGAAAACCGUAUGCGUUGCAUCCCUGCUGGCAUCACUCAACUUUGUAAGCUUCGUACCCUUCUCAUUAAUCAUUGUCCGAUGCUUGAAGUAAUUGGAGAGCUUCCAUCAAGUCUUGGAUGGAUAGAGGCACAUGGUUGUCCAAGCCUGGAAACUGAAACUUCUUCAAGUCUACUCUGGUCUUCUUUGCUCAAACACUUGAAAUCACCAAUUCAGCAGAAAUUUAAUAUUAUCAUUCCAGGAAGUAGUGGAAUACCAGAGUGGGUAAGUCAUCAAAGAAUGGGAUGUGAAGUAAGUGUAGAGCUUCCAAUGAAUUGGUAUGAAGAUAAUAACUUGUUAGGAUUUGUUUUAUUCUUCCAUCAUGUUCCCCUUGAUGAUGAUGAUGAAUGCGUGAGAACAUCUGGUUUUAUUCCACAUUGUAAAUUGGCGAUAUCCCAUGGUGAUCAAUCUAAACGACUGGAUGAUAUUGGUUUUCAUCCUCAUUGUAAAACAUACUCUAUUAGCGGUUUAUCAUAUGGCAGCACACGCUACGACAGUGGUAGCACAUCAGAUCCAGCACUGUGGGUGACGUAUUUCCCUCAGAUUGGCAUUCCAAGCAAGUAUCGAUCCAGAAAGUGGAACAACUUCAAGGCUCACUUUGACAAUCCUGUCGGUAAUGCCUCUUUUACAUGUGGCGAAAACGCAUCCUUUAAAGUGAAAAGUUGUGGGAUACAUCUCAUAUACGCCCAAGAUCAGAAGCAUUGGCCUCAGCCGUCGAGAAAAAGGCCUGCUAAUAGAGAAGAUCACUCAUCCAAGAAAAAAAUUCUCUAGUUUCGAAAGGAUGAAGGGUUUCUUUAACCUCUAGCAAGGUUGCGCAUGGAAACAUGACUAACUAUUGGUUAUGGAAUUGGAAGGGUGGUAGAGAUGCAGUAUUGAACCAGAAUGAUAAUGCCAUAAAAGAGACUUUUUGUUUGGACUGUGGAUUUUAAUUUAUAUGUUUUUAAGCAUGUAUAAUUUGAAUUAGUAUGUUUUUUAGCAUGGAUAAUUUGAAUUGUUGAUUUUAAUUUGUAUGUUUUUAGGCAUGGAUAAUUUUAUUUAUUUGAAAUUAUUUACAAGUACUUUCAAGAA